CUUAAACUAUCUCUAUAGUUCUCUCAUCUUUACUUUGUUUCUCUCUCUCUCUUUCUCUCUCUCUUUCUUUUCCUUUUUCAAGUACUAUCCUACAAAGACACCAAGCCACACAUACUCAAAAGCACUCACCUUUCAAGUUUUAAUUGAGGAGUGCAUAGUUUUAGUGUAUGGAUGGAUCCUUCUAGUGGACAACACCAGCAAAUGUCUAGCCAGUCAUUGGAGAACAUGUUGGCAUGUUCAAAAGCACAACAGGAGAGGAAGCCAAGGCCUCAGCCCGAGCAAGCUCUAAAGUGCCCAAGAUGUGACUCAACCAACACCAAAUUUUGUUACUACAACAAUUACAGCCUUUCUCAGCCAAGGUAUUUCUGCAAGUCUUGUAGGAGAUAUUGGACAAAAGGAGGGACACUGAGGAAUGUUCCUGUGGGUGGAGGGUGCAGGAAGAACAAGAGAUCAUCAUCUUCAUCAUCAAAGAGGGUUCAAGAUCAACAAUUCACACCCAACCCACUCACUGGCCUCCCUCCAUUGUCUUAUGAUACCAAUGAUCUCACCCUUGCAUUAGCAAGGCUCCAAAAGCAGUCAUGUGGGCAAUUGGGUUAUGAUGAACAUGAUCUUUCAAUUUUGACAAGCAACCCAUGUGAUAUCCUUGGCAAUCCUGGCAUGAACCCCUCAUCCACAAACCCUGGAUUCUUGGAUGCACUUAGAAGUGGGUUCCUUGGAACCCAAAGUAACAUGCAGAAUCUGUACUACGGAUAUGGGAAUGGGGACAUGGGAGAGGUGGACAAUGGCAAUGCUUGUGGGGUUGGAGUUAGUGGAGAGAUGCUGCUGCCUUAUGAUCAAGAAAUGAGUGUUGCCACCACUCAGGCAGUGACGGUCACUACCAUGAAACAAGAACUUUGCAAUGGAAGAGAACAAAGUGAAAGUAGGGUGUUGUGGGGUUUCCCUUGGCAGCUCAAUGGAGACACAAACAUGGGUGAACUUGACUCAGGAAGAGCUAGUUGGAAUGGAAUCACUUCAUCUUGGCAUGGACUUCUCAAUAGCCCCCUAAUGUAGACACAAAGCACUGAUAAUUUAAUUUCCUCUCAUGCUUGAUUAAAAAAAUAGUCUAAUUAGGACUUAAUUUCAAUCCUCCUGAGUGCUGGGUUAAUAGGGAUUUGAUUCACUUGAAUCAUCUCUUUUUUAUUUCUUGUUUGUUUUUUUUUUCUUUUCUUGCCCCUUAAAUGGUCAAAUUUUUUGUACUACUAUCUUUAAAUUGGUGAAUAGACUAAUGAAAUUUCAGAGGUUGUUUGCUAACCAAGUCAAUGAAGUUGGAGAGAAGUAGAUAGAGCAUCAUUUCCUUA